CCUAGCCAUAACUAGGUAGGUAGGUUAGUUAGCUAGCUAGCUAGCUAACAUAUGAGAAUUGAAUUAGCAAUUGAAGGCCUUUUGUGCCACACGACGUUGGGGCCUCAACUAUAAAUGACAAGAAAAGGAUCAAAUUGUCCAGCAGGGAGGCGGGGCCUUUCUUUCUUACUAGGGCGUUCUUGAGGGUGUUGCGUAUCAAGAGAGCCUGCUUCACAGAGACAUAUUAAAUACGUCUGCGGCUCGUUUUAUGAACGAAUUGGCGUGGUGGAACAGUUGAAAAAAAGCUUAAACAUUGUCAGCCCUGAUCGAAGUUCUGUAUCUGUGUAAUAUCGGAAGGCGGCUCAUCUUUUAUUUAUUUUCAUUUAGUUUAUUUAAUUCACUUUACUUUAAACCCAAUACCUACCUUUGCCUUCCCUACCUCCCCUUUUUCAAUCAGCGUGUAUUUUUAUUGCCUUAUUUUGUUUUUGGUAUCUUCAGAGUCGGGAUCUGUGACGGCUCUUCAUGGCAGUCAGAAGGGGACACAUUAGAUACUUAAAAGAGGUCUAUGACAUGUCGAACGGUUACGAAGAUCACAUGGCGGAUGAGCCAAAAGAUUCCAAAACGAACCUCAUUGUUAAUUACUUGCCUCAAAAUAUGAGCCAGGACGAACUGCGUAGUCUCUUCAGCAGCAUUGGGGAAGUGGAAUCUGCUAAACUUAUUCGCGACAAAGUUGCUGGCCACAGUUUAGGGUACGGAUUUGUUAACUAUCUUAACCCUAGUGAUGCAGAAAGAGCAAUCAGUACUCUCAAUGGCCUGAGGCUACAGUCUAAAACUAUCAAGGUUUCCUAUGCCAGGCCCAGCUCAGACUCCAUCAAGGAUGCUAACCUCUACAUUAGUGGACUUCCUAAGACCAUAACGCAGAAGGAUGUGGAAGAUAUGUUUGCACGUUAUGGCCGAAUCAUCAACUCGCGAGUGCUUGUUGAUCAGGCUUCAGGGCUGUCUCGGGGUGUCGCCUUCAUUCGCUUUGACAAGCGGGCAGAAGCCGAGGAUGCCAUCAAGGACCUGAAUGGGCACAAGCCUCCAGGAGCAGCAGAGCCCAUCACUGUUAAAUUUGCAGCCAACCCUAAUCAAGCUAGGAGCACUCAGAUCAUCUCCCAGAUUUACCACGCCCAGUCACGCCGCUUCGGGGGCCCCGUCCACCACCAGGCUCAGAGGUUCAGGUUCUCACCCAUGGGAGUGGAUCACAUGAGCGGCAUCUCUGGAGUGAACGUACCUGGCAAUUCCACAUCAGGCUGGUGCAUCUUCAUCUACAAUCUGAGCCAGGAUGCAGAUGAGGGCAUCCUGUGGCAGAUGUUCGGGCCCUUUGGAGCUGUAACCAACGUCAAAGUCAUCCGUGACUUCAAUACAAACAAAUGCAAAGGGUUUGGGUUCGUCACAAUGACAAACUACGAGGAGGCAGCCAUGGCUAUAGCCAGUCUCAAUGGCUACCGCCUUGGGGACAAAAUCUUGCAGGUUUCAUUUAAAACAAGUAAGACGCACAAGUAGAGAACAGCUUAGUACACAAUCGACAGGGCAAGAUCCUGAGUUUUGUACAAUAACAAGUUGGUGCAGUUUGAAGAAAACUAUUUUUUUUUUUUUUUUUUUAGUAUAAUCCACUUAAAGCAAUGGCUCACUUUCAACAGUUUCACUAGCAUUCUAUUGGAUGGGUCUUUUUAUUGCAAACUUUGGGAUGCUGCAAAUGCUUAAGAUAUUUUUGGGAUCUCAAAAUAUUAACCAAUUGUACGUCUGAGGAGGCAGUUGUUAAUGUGAGCUUCUGUCUCUGUGUGCCAUAUGCAUGGUAAGACAGUUCACUUGCAGGGCACUGGCUUUAACACUCAAUUUUGUUUUCUCACAUCUGAUGGCUUUUACACAGUAUUACAAUAUCUAAGAUGCCUUAGACCUCCCCCCUCCCCCCCAUUAGAUGCUUCUCGUUUAAAUGCUGCAGUGCUCUGUGGUUGCGUAGGACUGGACUGCAGUUCCGUAACUCCUUCCCAUGGGCUUGCUUCUCUGUGCUGGGGGCUACACUUUGAAAUGGUGGUCUUUGGAACCUGGAGCCUUGGGCUCUACCUAAUUUGGCAAAGGAACCAAUGUGUUUUUCAGAAGUCUGUGUUCAGUGAGGGGAAUGUCUUUAUAUUGUGUAAUUGGUUUGAAAGGGACCCUCUGAAAAGACCAAGAAGGACCAAAGAAAUGGAGAGUUCGAUUCCCCUGAGAGGAGCAGGCCAUGUGAGUCAGCAUCAGCCUCCUUGUUAUAUUGCUCACACCCCAAUCCCCUAAAAAUGUAUUCUAAACUUUUUUUUUUUUUUUAUAUAUUUUCAGCAUGUCAUCGUUAGUGAGCUUUUGUAAGUUUGUUUUUCUUUAGGAGAAAACAUUUUACUUUUUUUUUUUUUUUUUUUUUUUUUUAGUUUUUUCCUCUCCGUAGUGUAGGGUGGUUAGUUAAGUGGCUGUUGUAUUUAUCAGUACUAAUCCAUAUGCUUCCAAAGGUUGCCUUGUGACGUUUUUUUUUUAAUGUUUUUCUUCCCUUUUUGCUUUUGUUUCAAUUGUUUGACUUGGCAUUUAAGAUCAUUAAAUUUUAUUUUGUUUUGCUGAAAUUUUUGUUUUGUUUCAUUUUUUUCUCAAGGGGUUUCUUUUAUGAUUUGUUUGAAUUGGUUUCUGCCACUUUGGAGUUUUACAGCCUCAGUGUUCAUGCUGACCAUUUUGUUAGUCUAAAUAACACUUAGAGAACAUUUUGAAAGCUUAUUUCAUCCGCUAUUGUCAGGGUCAUGUGUCUAGACAUCUCUGAAUAACGGAUAUUAAUUAACUCUUUGAUUCCUGUACUGAGUUGAGUUUUAGGACCAAAAGUUUUUAUUUUAUUUUAUUUUUUUAAAGCAGUUAUUUUGUGAUUCUCCCUAGAUGUGCAUUAUUCCCGAUGCAUAGGCUGUGGAUGAGGAAUGACCAUUUUGGAUGGCUCCUGCUCAAAAUUAAUCUGUGGAAGCUCAUAAGGGCUUUUUCUCAUAACAGCAUCAUGAGUUCAGAAAAAUGCAAGUAACACUUGUAAUCAGAUACAUGGCAAAAAAAGUAACCCCUGUAGACAUUUAAUGACAUUCACAUUAUAAGAUACACGAAUUACAUAUGUACCUUUUUAUAAUCAUAUCUAGAAUAUUACUGAGCACAAUGGUACUUCAUCUAUUGAGUGUGUGUGUGUGUGUGUGUGUGUGUGCGCAUUGGAGUUCAUGGUUUCAUCGCUGGAAUUAUUGAAUGCACUCAACACACUUAACUUUUAUUUGCUCUUUGUGUAAUCUUUGUCAGCAUAAGAACCAGAUUCUCCUUUUGACUAUGGUUUAUAUGAAAGGCCUUGUGGGCAAGCUCCUCCUGCUGGUUAGCAGUAAUAGUAACGGGUAAGAAAAUACAUUUUCAUGUGGAGUGUGAUGUGCUCACUGCAUGGACUUCUUAGCUUUUGUUCCAGUGCGGUGCUAAGAAAAAAAAAAUCCAACUGGGAUUCUUGUAAUCCACGUUUAACUGCUACUGGCUUGAAAUUUCAAAGUCAGUUUUACUACAGUGACUAAAGAUGUAAGCCUUAAUUUAUGUAGAAAAGAUGAGUGAACUGUUGGGAGAGCAAGACUAUAUUUAUUUCCUCAUGGUUGGGGUGUUAAGUUUUUUUAAUAUCAAUUUAAGGACUUUGCAAUUUACAGUGAAAGAAUUGUGUAAAGAACGACUGUAACAGUUGUUUUUGAAAUAAAAUACCAGGCAAAUAUUGUAAGUUGUCUUUUGGUGGUUGAGGUAUAACUGCUAGAAAUAUGGGCCUUAAAUUCAAUAUCAAAUUUAUUAAAUUUCUCUCUUCUGCAUAUAAUUUGCCAGGUUAAGAGUACCUGUAGGCUCUGGUUCUCACUGAACUUGAGCAUUAUAUUAACAUUUUGCUUCACCCCAAACAAAUAUCUAGGUUGCUCAUGGGAACCAACAAUAGAAACCAUUGCAGUAACUGUCAGUUUUUAUUUAAAUAGUCAUUAGUUGGUACAAGAUUGUUUGUUUUAAAUGUAUUUUUAAAUCUAGGAACUGUCCUUGUAAUUCGGGUGACUAAAUGCGCUAGAUACCCUUGUUUUUGUAAUACAUAUGGAAAGCCAAGGUGAUCAAAAUUCACGUUAAGCAGAAACACAGAAAAAAACGGCACUUUGAACGUUUUUACGCCGCAAAACAUGGCAUUAUUUUUCACUACGCCGUAAAAUACGUCUCAGAAAUGCAAUAUUAACCACCGUUUGUCAGUUGGGGGGGGGAAACCUAAAAAGAACAGCUUUAAGUGUUCCAAAAAGGCAUUUUUACGAAGUUAAAGUUCUGCUUUAUAGUAAGAUAAUGAGCUCCUCCUACUGGUUUAUAGUCAGCUAAUGAGCUCCUGCUGGUUUUGACAGCCAAUAAACUUGAACUUUCUUCACCCAAGCCCAGUUCUCUACAGCUCUUAAUCGACUGAUAAACCAGUGCUCAAAUUUGUUUAUUUUUGGGAUUCACAUGUGUUAAUUCGUGCAACAAUUUAUUUAUCCUAUUUAUUCAUUAGCUUAUUAACUUCAUUUUUCCUCGUAGAUAGACACAGAAUGACACCACUCGACAAUCCAGGCUCCGAUGUAAUUCAAUCAAAAUUAACGAGUCCCUACCAUGGUGGAGUCACCUGCAUGUCAGACACACCUGCUGUGCUUGAAAACAAAGGCCUCUCCUGUAUGAUCACUCGCCCUGCUGAAGAGACUGAAAGACUGGGCUGGAGAUUUUAGUAAUUAGACCAUCUGCAGCAGCAGUAGCUUUAUUCUGUCUGGUUUGGUGACUGUCCUCUGUGCACUCCAACUACAGCAGUUUCACCUUCUGACAUAGCCGUGAUGGACUUCAUUCUCGUUGUCACUCUUUUUUUAGGUGACCUCACAUUACUCAAUGCUUACACAUUACUCAUUAGUCUCUUCUGAUUAAUCUUAAGAUUUUUGUUUAAUAACUAAGCUAUCUAUCUUUCCUAUGUUAUUAAUUACUGUAUGCUCCCAUCUUUUCUUAAAUUGGCUCCUAACUCCCAUUGCUUUUUUUUUGUGUGUGUGUGUGUGUGUGUGUGUGUGUGUGUGUUUGUGAUAUCUGGUGUCCAACAGAGGAUGGGAUACAGUAUGGAAGUAUGUCAGUACUACUAGCAUUAAUUAGCAAGAUUACUUGGCCCAUUGAAAGAGAUUGUAGCCUAAUGCUAAUGCUAUUCACAUUAACACUACUUCAUAGCUAGUUCGGAAAAGUUGUUCAGUGAGUUGCAGUAAGUUUUAAUAAACUAACAUUGAAAUAACCACACGUGGCUAACCCUUAUAGAACUAACUACCAUGUGCCAAGUUAUUAUGCAACAGUUCACUUGUAUCUGUUUCCCUUCACUGUCAAAAUACAACCUAGAUACAUUUAAGCCUUCCAGGGCAUUUAACAGUCAUGAUGCCUCAGGAAAACGCAAACUCACAACAAACUCCUGGUCUUACAGGACACUUAGCAGUCAUGAUGGCUGAGGAUGACUCGUAAACUCUCAGCAGACUGUAAUCACUGAGCAUACAACAUAUUUAUCAUACUGCCAUCUAGUAGAAUAUAUUGAAGCAUUCAACUACUGAAUAAGUUGCUUUUCAUUUUCAAAUUUCUAUUGUUAUUAAAUCACUUAAUGUUACAGCUCA